CUGAGCCGCUUCUUCAUCUUCAGGGGUGGAAGCGCGUCGCCGUUAGUUCUCCACACAGCAAACUUUACCAGGAGUUUUCUGCGAACUCAUUGCUAUCCAAAAAUCCCCAUGCAAUAAGUGGAUUUUUUUUAACCCCAUAUAUAAAUCGGGUUGCACUCUAAGGAGCAGUGAAGAACCCAAAUCUCCCCGAUAGCUCGCAGGAACUUCGGGGUAAAUCUGCCGAAUGUAUGUGAACGGGCGGGCCUGCUCGGUUCCAGAGGAGAUGCGGGCGAAAAGCCGGGUGUGGAAAACUGCAGCUCGAGAUUCCUCCAAGGGUUGGACUUUCUCAUGAGUAGGCUGUCGAGACUGACGUCUUAUCAAUAUCUUGGUAUCAGAAUAUCGUUUGACAUCAAAAGCUGACAUUUUAUCAAUAUCUUAUCAAUCGAUGCUCUGCAUUCGCCAUAUUCGAUUCUAUAGUAAUUUUUGUCUGCUGAAAGCAAAAUAUAUUUAUGGGCUUGACAAGUCUGCAUGGAGAUAUCGACAUCCACACCGAUUGUUCAGAACAACUUUUGUUUCAAAUGGCCAAAUUGUCCAGUUCAAGCUCUCUGACAUUGGAGAAGGAAUCACAGAGGUGACAGUGAAAGAAUGGUAUGUAAAAGAAGGUGACAUUGUAUCUCAGUUUGACAGCAUCUGUGAAGUACAAAGUGAUAAAGCCUCUGUCACCAUCACCAGUCGUUAUGACGGCAUCAUUAGAAAACUCCAUUAUAACUUAGAUGAAAUUGCCUAUGUGGGGAAACCACUAGUGGAUAUAGAAACAGAUGCCUUGAAAGAUGUGGCUCCCGAAGAGGAUGUUGUUGAGGCACCUGCCGUGUCUCAUGAUGAGCACACACACCAGGAGAUUAAAGGCCACAAAACCUUGGCAACCCCUGCUGUUCGUCGCCUUGCCAUGGAAAACAAUAUUAAACUGAGUGAAGUUGUUGGAACCGGAAAAGAUAACCGUAUCCUCAAAGAAGACAUUCUCAAUUACUUGGACAAGCAGACAGGAGCUAUUUUGCCUCUAUCUCCAAAACCUAAAAUUAUCACUCCUUCGCUAAAAUUGGAGCCUACACCAGACAUGCCAAAGGAGAAGACAUCUACAAUCCCUAUUUCCCAACACAUAGUGAUUGCAGGGAAAGAUAAAACAGAGGCCUUAUCAGGGUUUCACAAAGCAAUGGUGAAGACCAUGACUGCUGCUUUGAAAAUCCCUCACUUUGGUUAUUAUGAUGAGGUUGAGCUCAACCAACUUGUCCAGCUGAGAGAAGAGAUGAAACCCACAGCACAAGCACGGGGAGUUAAUCUGUCCUUCAUGCCCUUCUUUAUAAAGGCAGCUUCUUUAGGCUUAUUACAUUACCCUAUUCUUAAUGCGUCUGUGGACGAAAAUGCCCAAAACAUCACAUACAAGGCUUCACACAACAUUGGAGUUGCUAUGGAUACAGAACAAGGACUGCUUGUUCCUAACGUGAAAAACGUUCAGGCUCGUACUGUGUUUGAGAUUGCUUCAGAAUUAAACCGCCUACAAAACUUGGGGUCUGCAAAUCAACUGGGAACAAAUGACCUCACAGGGGGAACUUUCACACUCUCCAACAUUGGCAGAAUUGGUGGUACCUAUGCCAAACCAGUGAUACUACCUCCUGAAGUAGCUAUUGGUGCUCUUGGCAAGAUACAAGUCCUUCCUCGAUUUGACAGUAAUGGUGAAGUAUUUAAAGCACAGAUAAUGAACGUUAGCUGGUCUGCUGAUCACAGAAUUAUCGAUGGUGCAACAAUGGCCCGGUUUUCUAACUUGUGGAAAUCUUAUUUGGAGAACCCUGCCUCCAUGCUGCUGGAUCUUAAAUAAAGACAGCUAAUCUUGGACACAUCCUUUUAAUUUUGGAAGAGUUAUCAAGCUAGCAAAGCUAGCAAGUGCCCUUACUACAUUUCAUAAUUCACAAUAUACAUAUUGUGAUUGAUAGGCCUUUCAGACCAAUGGUCAAUAUAUUGAUUAUCUGUUACAUUCUGUUUAGCUAAGUAGUUCAGUUAUAAAUUAUUUGGCUAUGGCUCCUUGGUUGGGGUGAAGGGGAAAUUUAUGGUGAUUAAAAUAUGCUAUAUUCCACUAGAUUGACAUUAAUGGAAGAAGGCUCCUGACAUUACUGCGGUAUUUUUUAAAACUGCUUUCAUUGUUUAGAAAAUAAAUCUGGUCAAAGUUUAUUCCUGAUUGAAAACAGGCGUUUCUUUCGAUAAAAUUGAAGGGAUGCUACAAAGUUUCUAAUGCAACUAAUGCACAGAUCAUGUUUAAAUAAAAUGCCUUUACACUUAUCUUGAAA